UUUACUUUCGCUACGGUCACACGAAGCGCAAGCUAGACUCUACGGAGCACGGUGUAGUCGCUUGCAUUGCAAGUUUCGUUGGUUUUCCGUACGGAAAAUCUUUGGUAGUGUAAUAAUCCGGUACAAAGUAAAUCGAAGAAAGGCUGGAGAAUGGUUUUGGCAGAAAGAAACUCGGAAAACGUUAGAAAUGGACGCAGAUCGAGAGGCCCCAGCCCUAAUGGACAGACGGAAUCUUCGAGCGAAGAAGACGGAGUUCCAGCAGAAAAAAUCCGCGUUGGAAGAGAUUAUCAAGUCAUUGUUCCAGAAUUUGUUCCAGUUAGUGAACGACGACUCGAUCAAUGUCCUGAUAGGGCACUAUUAGUAUGGUCUCCCACUACUGAUAUACCUGAUCAAAAAUUGGAUGAGUAUAUUAUAUUAGCAAAGGAAAAAUAUGGCUAUAAUGGAGAACAAGCAUUAGGAAUGUUAUUUUGGCACAAACAUAAUUUAGAACGUGCUGUAUUAGAUUUAGCUAAUUUUACACCAUUUCCUGAUGAAUGGACAGUUGAGGAUAAAGUUCUUUUUGAACAAGCAUUUCAAUUCCAUGGGAAAAGUUUCCAUCGAAUUCGUCAAAUGUUACCAGAUAAAUCUAUUGCUAGCCUUGUUAAAUAUUACUAUAGCUGGAAAAAGACAAGAACUAGAACAUCACUGAUGGAUAGACAAGCAAGAAAACUAACAAGUGGUGGAAAAGAAGGAGAAAAUGGUAGUGAAAAUGGGAGUGAAUUAGGUUCCAAUACAGACAGUGAAUCAGAAGAAAAAAAAUGGACGAUCCACCGCGGAAUACGUCGUGGAAAGAACCAAGCUGUGCCAGGAAGCCAAGGCACUGACGCCAAAGCCCCAUCCGACUCGGAAAACGCCCCUCAGGUUCAGGGCUCGUGUAGCAAUUGUGGCGUUGCUUGUCAUAGUGUUCGUGCGACGCCGAAAGGACACGCGUGUCACAGCUGCUAUCUGCACUGGAGGCGAACUGGUGUAGCAAGACCAUUAAGUUCCAUGCCAGGUCGAACAAAUAAAAGAAAACCACCUCGCGGUCUUGUUGUUAAUCAUGAUGAUCUAGCAGCAUUGGCUGGCCAACCUACUCAAGCAAACAACAGCUUACAAGCGAUUGACACUGAAAUUGUUAGCCUAAAACGCCAAAUUCAAUCAAACAAACAACAAGUGAGCGCAUUGAAGCGUAAAACAACUGACGGUAUUGAUGAUUUACGGCCACCAGAAGUUUCCAGUCGUAUAAAUGCUCGUUGGACAAAUGAUGAAUUACUCUUGGCCGUUCAGGGUGUUCGAAAAUAUGGGAAAGAUUUUUCUGCGAUUGCUGAUGUAAUUGGAACUAAAACAGAAGCUCAUUUGCGAUCGUUUUUUGUAAAUUAUCGACGAAGGUAUAAUUUAGAUGCAGUCUUAAAAGAAUAUGAAGCUGAAAAUGGCCCGAUAUUAAUUGACGAUGAAAAGGAAGAAAAGAUGGAUGUUGAUCAGCCAAAUGAAACAGCAGAAUCAUCUCAAAAAACGAAAUCAUCCGUAGGACUUGGACAAACGGCUAAAUAACAAAUGACUAUACUUUUGAAUACGAACAAACGUGAAAAAAAUAAUCACAGACACUUUGAUAAUCGAUAAUAUCAUGUAAAAGGUAUUUGUUUAUAACAAUUUUUACUUUUAAUUUCAUUUUUUGUUGCGUAUUACUGAUGCAGUAUUAGAAUACUGCAUUAGGAAUAUCAAGUAUGAGCAACAGUUUCCGUUAAACUUGUGCAUAAAUUAAAAAUCCAUAAAAUACAUGCGUGAAUAUUUAUUAAUAGGAACGAAAAUGUGUGAAUUUAUUUAAGUAGAUUUAUUUUUAAUAUAGUAUAUUUAUAUAUGUCUAAAAUGGAUUUUUUAUUAAGCAAUAUAAAGGAACUGUAAUUCUAUUAAAGACAUUUAGCAGUAGUAAUUAUAAGAAAAAAUAGAUUAAAGAUUAAAUUAAUGCAUCCAAGUGCAAAUAUAAGAAGCAUUUUUGUAACAUCCAUUGUAUGCAAUUAUGGAUGCAAUAAUUUUUUUUCGAAUAAUUGUAUUCUGUAGCAUGUAAUAUUUUUAGGUAUACAUAAGGAUAUACAGAGUCCCAUUUUAACUAAUGAAAGUAAUUUAAAUACAAAAUUAUUCAUUUUUAUUGGAAAAAUUGUAAAAAUAUUGAAAAAAUUAUAUAGUUUAGAACAUUAAGAAAAUCAGUUAUCGUUUAGUAAAUCCAAUUUUUAUAUAGUAAUAGAAUUAAUAAUAAUUUCAUAAUGGAGUUUAACGACAUUUUAUCUGUGCUCAAAUAUGAAAUAUAUAUUCUUAAAUUUUGUUAUUAUAGUAACGUUAUGUUUUUAUUAAUUUCAAAUUUCGCAUGCAUUUUGUGUCAAUUUAUAUUUUGUAUAUAUUUAAUUUUUUGUAAAGUAUUUAUGAGGAAUUUACAUGAUUCAUAUUACAAAACUUAGAGUAAAAAAAAUAUAUGUAGAUGGAAGGAGAUAAAAAGAGCAUUCAAUUUAUAUAUUUCAUUAAUUUAUUUAUAUAUUUUAUUUAUUUAAAAUGUUUUUUAGACAGUUCUCGUGAUGAUUUCGUAAUUAAUAUAUAAAUCGGAAGAAAAUUCUUGUCUUGUGCCUAUGCAUUUUUGGGCGUAUGAAAAAAAAAGAAACAAUAACAAAAUUUGAAGAAAUUUUUCCCCUUUACUUCCUGUUUGCAUAUUAUCUAUUUAAAGUAUAACAUUUAAAUUUACCGAGAAUUAGACAAUCUUCCAUUCUGUAUUGAAAUAAAUAAUAAAGAUCUGGAUAGAAAGAGAAAUUUCUUCCAAACUUUUAAAUUUUUCGUAUAGUGGAUUAUAGUUACUCAAAACUCUAGCAAUUUCAGCUAUAGUUCACAUCAUUAGUGAAAAAAUUAGAAAAAGUUUAACGCAAUCAUUGUUAAAUUAUUUUAUUUAAAAUAUGAAAUCAAUGAUUGCGUUGAAUGAUGUAUCAUUAAAAGAAGAAUGCUCAACAAAAGAAUACACUUUUAUUCAAAUUUUAACUGAAAGAAUUUAAUAUUUUAUUAAAAUACAUCACAAUAGAAAUUUCUUUUAUUAGUUUUAUAAAAAAAGUAAAUUUGAGGAGUUGAAAAUUGUGCUAUUAAAAAUAUCAAAUUAAGGAGAAUAUAUUUUUAUGGCUUGCUGCUACAUACUCAAUCCAAAUGUAUAAAAAAAGAAAAGAAAAAGUAAUGGUUCCUGAUAUUUCUAUUAUAUUAUACAAAAUUAUAUGUAUAUUAAAAUUGUCCGUAUUUCAAAAUAAUGGUGCUUCUAUAUUUAAAAGCACAAAAUUUUGUAUUCCUAUAAAUAGGGAAUAUUUUAAUUGUAAUAAAAGAUUCUAUUGAAUAAUUUUAAUUGGACAAAAUAUUUCAUACAGAAAGGAAAGCAUACUAAAGUAUGUAGUUGUUUGUGUAACAUUAAAUAUUUGAACAAAUAUAAAGUACAUGUAGUCCGCUUACACAAAUCUAUUUUAAAAGAAAUUAUUUAAUGCGGUCAAUUGUCUAGAACUUAAUAAUAAUUAUAUAAUAAUUAUAGAAUUUAAUUGGAAAGAAAUAAAUAUUGUUAAAUAAUAUUUUCAAGACAAAUUGACUUCCAAUGAUUUUUCGUUGUUUUGCGAUAGAACGUUUAAAAUCAUAUAGGUGUAAUUUUACUUAUAGUUUCAUGUGUACAUCCACAUUUACUAUUAGUAGUAAUAGUUAUAUAAGAUCGUUAGUUUAAUAUUUGUCUAGAUAGAAUUUACUACUUAAUGCUAAUAAAAGAAAACACUCGCAAGUGUGUGUGCACGAUUUCUUUUACAAAAGAUGGUAUUCUUGAAAAUGAUUGUGAGAUUAGAUAAACUUUAGAAAUUAUUAUAUAACAUCAAUGUAAAUAUGAAUGAUCACCAAAGAAAAAUUUACUGUAAUCGUUAGUAACAUAUCACAAAGGUGGAUGAAAUAUCCGGCAAGAAAUAUUUUGCUGAAUAAGUAAUUUGCCAAUUUAAAUGAAAAAAAUAUAUAGUACGAUUAAAACAGACUAGCCAAUUAUUUGAAAUUUUUAUUGUUUCUUUUUCUAAUAUAAUAUUUCAUUCAAGCAUAAUGUAAUGAUUUUAAAGUAUUAAAAUUUUUAAUGAACAGAAGAGCAUUUUUUACUUGCACAGUAAUGCAAGAGAAACUUCUAAAAAUAUUUAAUGAGAAAUAAUCUAUUAUAUUCUGAUCGUUCUUUUCAUCAUAUUCUUCAUUAAAUCGUACAGUUCUGGUAUGUGCAAUUUUUUUCACACACGAAAGCAUGGCGGAGUGUUCAAACAUAUAAUUAAAUAUAAGCUUUCAUAGUUUAAGAUUGAAGAAGGAAGUCACUUUAAAAUAUUUUGCUAUGUGGAUAUUCUCUUUUUCCGCUAGAAGCAACUUCUUUCUUCAAUACUUAUUGAAUUACGAAUGCAUUUAAACGAGAGAGAUGAUACGCGAUCAGCGAAUAAAAGAUUUUUCAAACAAAUAAACUUGCUUAAUUUCUAGAUAUACUUUUGAAAUUGAAUUUUUGUAAUUUAAUAUAUAUUUAUAUACAUAUAUUGCCAAUUAGUAGAUUAUUUACGUAAGAUUCGGAUACUUCAUGAAGCACAUCAUUAUAUGAUACUUUUAACUUACGGACAAGAUUUUUAGUUAAAAAAAUUUUAAAAAUUACAUGUUUUGAACUAUAUUAUAUUUGAUAACAUUAUAUAAGAGUGUUAAUUGUAGAUACGACAAAGUACGAAGAACGGAACAUAUGAAAUGAAAAUUACAUAGUAUGUAAUAUAUAUACAUAUUCUACGACCGUUCAAAAUUUUCUAAUAUUCUAAUGCAAUUAAUGUAGCAUAAUGUAAAUAUAAAGUUACAAGCUUUGUGAAUGUAUACACAUUCAUAUGUCCGUAAAGUGUACAGAUGUAUUUAUUCAGAAAUAUUAAAUAUCUCUUGUGUA